ACGUUCAUUUUCUCUUCUUUUUAGGGUUUCCAUUUCAAUUUUCAAUUAUUUGCAUCGUAACAUCACAUUCCAAUUUCAAUCGCUUCUGCUUAGUUUACCGGUUUGAUUUUGGGAUUUUGGGAUUUGUUUCGAGAAAUGGAGGACGGUGAACUUGAUUUCUCGAACCACGAAGUUUUUUCGAGUCCAAACAUGGGUGAAUUUCCGAGUAGUGGUUCAAUGGAUAGUUUUUUCGAGGAGCUUUUGAAAGAUUCACACGCUUGUACUCAUACCCACACGUGUAAUCCACCGGGUCCUGAUUUUUCACACACUCACACGUGUUAUCAUGUUCACACUAAAAUUGUGCCUGCUGAAGAUGAUCAGGUUGGUACUGAUGAUACUGCUGAGUCUGAGAAGAAGUCAAAGAAAAGGCCGGUGGGUAAUAAAGAAGCGGUUAGGAAGUAUCGUGAGAAGAAGAAAGCUAGGGCUGCGUCGUUGGAAGAUGAGGUUAUGAAAUUGAGGGCUUUGAACCAGCAUUUGAUGAGGAAGUUGCAGGGACAAGCUGCUUUGGAAGCUGAAGUUGCUAGAUUGAAGUGUUUGUUGGUUGAUAUUAGGGGAAGGAUUGAAGGAGAAAUUGGAUCGUUUCCGUAUCAGAAACCGACCAAUGCUAACCCUCCGGUUUCGAACUUGACUGGUUCUUAUGUGAUGAACCCUUGUAAUGUGCAGUGUGAUGAUCGGGUCUAUUGCCUUCGUCCUGGAGCAGAUGGGACGAUUGCUGCAGAAGGGGUGUCGCCAAAUGAGGGAGGAUUUGAUGGUUGUGAAUUUGAGAAUCUCCAGUGUCUGGCAGGCGAAAAUUUUGGGCUAAAGGAUCUUCAUGAUUGUGGAGUUGGACCACCAUUAUCUAAUGUCAAUCCUCAAGCUUCCAGUAAAAGAAAAGGGGGUGCUCGCGCAGCAAAAGCAGGGUGAAGAAUAAAUAAGCUGGUGGUUUUCAACCUUUUGUUGUUGCCAUGGUAAUAUAUCCCGCAAAUAACUUGCUACCAGCUGCAGCAUCAGUAAUCUAUCGAGUAACUGUUGAAAAUCAUUGUCUCUUUUUGACCCUCUGCUGCGCUAUCAUGUUUUUUGAUGGCUAUUCUACCAUGGAAUAUUAGUAGUUGAUAAAUGUUUAUUAUGCAGAAACAGUAGUUGACCUGUAGUCAGCAUAUCUUACUACUGAGACAAAUUGGUGCUUUCCUAUGCAAUUAAGUUUCCUGGUGUUUUUGGUUGUGCGUGAACUAGUUAAACUGGCAUGGUAAAUGUUGUUAUGCUGACUGAUUCAAGUUUUCUAAGUUCGCAAAUUUUACAUUUCUGGAUUACAGAACUUGGGGAAGAUGGGGCGUGUUUUCAUCUUUCAGUACUUUGUGCUGUGGACAGGUGAGGCACCAAUGUCAUUUUGUAUAAUAUAAACUCGUGAGUGAAAACAAUAAUAAAAUUGGCUUAUAUGGUUGCCAGAA